CAAAGCGGAAUGCAAUUAACAGCGAUGGACUCCAGCUGUCGGCACUAAGACUCCUAGUUCUCCAGUCUUUCUGAUGACCGCAGCCCCUCAUGGCGCUCAUCCAUGAACCUCGUGCCCCUUCACCCUCUCUCUCCGGCUUCAACACACCACUCUCCGAUCCCCCGUCCUUUCGCCGCCUCGAUGCCGAAACGCCCUGCACCCCAGAAAUGGACCUGACCCCAACCCAGUGCGUCCUUCGCAACGUCCUCUCCAUAGACACGGGAGGUGCAGUGGAGCCGGGGGGCGGAGGAGGAGGAGGCGAGGGGCAGACUGCCGGACACAACCAGACGCCCGGCGAGGAACAACAGGAGCAUUUUGCCAACAGCGUCCUGAAGCUCCACGAGCACGAUGGGAAUCCUGGACGGACGGAAGGAGAGGGGCAGGAAGCGGACGGCAGCGUAGUCAGGAGCCAGGCGGAUGACGCCAGGUUACAGUGCCAGUCCACAGGAGGGGGAGGAGGGUUUCUCGAGGGGUUGUUUGGGUGUCUGCGGCCUGUCUGGACUAUGAUUGGAAAAGCUUAUUCCACAGAGCACAAGCACGACCUGGACGAGGCGUGGGAGGUCCCAUUUGAGGAGAUAUCGGACCUGCAGUGGGUGGGCAGCGGAGCUCAGGGCGCUGUCUUCCUCGGCAGACUGCACGGGCAAGAAGUAGCCGUGAAGAAAGUGCGUAACAUCAAAGAGACAGAUAUCAAGCACCUGCGGAAGCUCAAACACCCCAACAUCAUCACCUUCAAAGGUAUAUGUACCCAGGCUCCAUGCUACUGCAUCAUCAUGGAGUACUGUGCCCAAGGACAGCUGUAUGAGGUGCUGAGAGCAGGCCGGAAGAUCACUCCUUCCCUCCUCAUGGACUGGGCCAUGGGUAUUGCUGGAGGGAUGAACUAUCUCCACCUCCACAAGAUCAUCCACAGAGACCUCAAGUCACCCAACAUGCUGAUCACCUAUGAUGACGCAGUGAAGAUCUCUGAUUUCGGCACAUCCAAGGAGCUCAGUGACAAGAGCACCAAGAUGUCCUUUGCAGGGACUGUAGCCUGGAUGGCUCCCGAGGUCAUACGCAAUGAACCCGUCUCAGAGAAAGUGGAUAUAUGGUCUUUUGGUGUUGUGCUGUGGGAGAUGUUGACAGGAGAGGUGCCCUACAAGGAUGUGGACUCCUCUGCUAUUAUCUGGGGAGUCGGCAACAACAGUCUGCAGCUGCCUGUACCUGAUAGCUGUCCAGACAGCUUCAAACUGCUCCUGAGGCAAUGCUGGAACUGCAAACCCAGAAACAGACCCUCAUUUCGACAGAUCCUCCUGCAUCUGGACAUCGCCUCUGCAGAUAUAUUAUCUACCCCACAAGAAACUUACUUUCAGUCUCAGGCGGAAUGGAGAGACGAGGUGAGGCACCACUUUGAGAAGAUCAAGUCUGAGGGGACGUGUCUUCAUAGGCUGGAUGAGGAACUGAUCAAACGACGCAGAGAAGAACUCAGACAUGCGCUGGACAUCCGGGAGCACUAUGAGAGGAAACUGGAGAGAGCCAACAAUCUCUACAUGGAACUCAAUGCCAUCAUGCUACAGCUGGAGAUCAAAGAGAAAGAGUUGCUUAAGAGGGAGCAGUCGCUGGACAAGAAGUACCCAGGCUGUUUCAAGCAUCACAGCUCCAGACAGUCAGCCUCUUCCAACUCGAUGGAGAAACUCAUGAAGAAACGCAACGUACCUCAGAAACUUUCCUCACACAGCAAGAGGCCAGACUUACUAAAGUCAGAGGUCAUCCUCCCUAAGCUGGACUCAUCUGUGACCCAGGUCACAAUUCCCAACAAGGGCUCAACCUCCCCUGGCCGCUCACGCCGAGGAAAACCUCGCUACAGGAAGGCUGGCAAAGGCAGCAGUGGGGACCUGGCUCAGCUGAAAGCCACUCUGUCUUCAUCUUUAGCAAUGGUCAAUGCCACCUCAUCCGUCCCCAGCAGCAAACACCAUCUAGACCCCAGUGCAGCCCUCAGGGGCCUGCAGCAUGACCUGCUGCUCAAGAAAAUGUCCUCGUCCAGCCCCGACCUCAUUUCAACCACCCUGGAGGCUGAAGGCCGGAGGAAGGGGCAGUUGAGGCAGGGACUCGACAGAGCGGGCAGUCAGAGCGCCUCAGCUGGGCUGGGAGAGAGCAGAAGGACUGGAGGGCCAGAUGAGGGGCCCGACGUGGGCGUAGGGGCUGAUGACCUAGCAGAAACACCUCCACGCAGCGACACACCCAGUGAAGACGCAGCAUCUAUUCCGUUCUCUAGCAGUCCUGACUCACCGUGUGGCAGAGGAGCAGCAGCAGGAAGGGCGUCUGUUCUCGGGAACCCUCGUGUCCCCCACGAGGGCGAGGAGAAGGAGGACGGGGCAGUGAUCACUCGCUCACCCAGGAGUCAACGCCUCACACCUGCAGCACUGCUCUACAGGGCAGCAGUCACCCGCAGUCAGAGACGUGGAGUGUCGUCAGAAGAAGAGGAAGGAGAAGUGGACAGUGAAGUGGAGCUGCCAAGGAGACGGCGACCUGUGAGCAUCACCAAAUGCCAGUCCCUGUCGACCUUUAGCUCAGAGAAUUUAUCUGUCUCGGACGGUGAGGAGGGAAAUACUACUGACCACUCCCACAGCGGCACACCUGACGUGGUCAGCACCAACACCGAUGAGCGUCUGGACGACAAGAGCGAUGACCUGCUGUCUCAGGGCUCAGAGAUUCCUGCCGACCCGUCUGACCCAACCCAACUAGGCUCUGAUGGGCUGUCUGAAAAGGAAGCUAUUCUGCAACAAGUCAAAACGCAGCUCGCUUCAAAUGACCAUAAUUAUGAGGGCCUGUAUGAUGACUCGGACUGUGACAGUGCAGAGCUGGAUCAUUCAUGCAGUGCAGAGCCCAGCCAACCUCCAACCAGCUGGUGAAAACCUUACAACUGAACCCACUCAAACACCCACAGAUCUGGCCUUUCAAUACCUCUUUCACUUUUACAGACCUUAGAAAACCCCAAGUCAUGAUCAGGGACACUGCGGAGAGGCAGGAAAUAAAGACCAAUGUUUUCAAAAACCUGAUUUCCUGGGAAGACAGAAAAUCCCAUUUAUUUUCAGACAAAUACAUCACAGGGAUGUGAAACUGAAUUGUGGCACUCGCUGAGCUGACAGAGCCACGGCCCCCUGUGUGUUCUCUCCAUAGCAAGAUCAGCUUUGCAAAAACACAUCGAAAGACACCUCAGCAACAGAGCCUCAGUCAUAGAGGCCAAAAACCAGACUGUCCAGUAACAUUUCUCAUCACCAUCCACAUUCAUUUCUUAAUUUUUAUCUCCAUCAUGAAAGUAUGUGUUAUGUUAUUUCAUAUGGUGUCAUAUGAAAACAUGAACUUCCUUCAGGGCUUCUGUAACAUUUGAAAGUUUUAACUGUCUGGAACAGCCACUGAUGUUGCUCCUUGCACUUAAUUUAUAAAAUGUACCGAUUUCCCCGUAGUUGUUGUGUCAUAAUACAUUUCCUGUCAAAACGUUAUGCACUAUUUAAUUUAUUAUUAUUUUACAAUGAAUUCAUUUUUAAAACAAUGUUUACAUCUCAUUUGUUUAAAAAAAAACAAAAAACAACUUUAUAUUUGCGUCAUGAAUUCCGUUUCCAUUUUCUACUCCUGUGUUUUAAUAUUAAUGUAAAUAUGUGAUGUUGUAAAAUGAACAAAUUUUUAAAAAGGGAGAUUGUAUAAUUUAAGGUGCUGAUGUUUCUAAUUAGGUGGCACUAUUCUAUUUGAACCUCAAGAAGUUUAUGGUAGUAGAAUGUACUGUAGCUGCUGUUCAUGUCUGAGCAUCAAAACACAGAUAAAACAAAAAAAAGAGAGAAGCAACAUGUGAACAAAGAACAAGCAAAAUGUCUGCUAUGGUUCCAUAGUUGGGUUCAUUUGGGGCAGACGGGCUUUUUUUUGUUUUUGUUUUUUUUUUACUUCGCAGUGUUUUACUGUAUUAAAACGCAAUACCAAUUUGAAAAUCCCUCUGAGAAUUUGGGGGUGUAUAUAUCAUCAAGAAAGCACUGUUACUGCUGGUGACUCAAAUCAAAAUGAAAUAUUAGAUCCAUCCAUAGAGGAAGUGCAACAACAGAAAGACUGCAGGCAGACAUUUAAAUACUGCAGUUUAAUGACUGAAGGCAUGUGUAUGGCAGGGACACAAAGCAUCGCCUGAUGUGGUGAGUUUAGAUCAUUUUAGGAAAUGAAACCUACAUGUCCCCUUUUGCAAACACCCCUUUGAGUCUACAUUGUGGAUUCUAGCUUUGUUUUAGUGAAUUAGAUCACAGAGCAGUCACUGAAUUUUUUCUGGCAAAAAUAUUACAAAAAAAAAAAUUCAUCUUUGGCUUUCUCAAUGUAAAAACCUAAAAAUUUUGGACCUCAACUUGGAAGAUUAUCCAACUUGUAAAAUCAGUGUAUGCUUAAAAAUCUGGCCUUUGUCAUUAUGAUUUGGCCAUUUUUACCUAUUCAACCUGAACUCAGUGAAGCUUUACAAGUUCAUAACAUCAUUCUUUACUUUGCAUAAACUUACGCUAACAUUGUCCUCACCAGCUAAAAUCUUGGCCAUCUGGUGGUCAUUUUUCACGUACGAGCAAGGGCUCCUUCAUAACAAACUAUGUGGUACAUAAAAUUCUGGUGUCGAUGCAUUUAUGUCGCUUGAGAGGCCUUCUUAAUGCGCAUGUGCUUCAAUCUGACUGUACAACAGCACAUUACAUCCUGUUCCAAUCAUCUCUGACUGAUCAGGUCACACUCAAUAAGCUAGAAAUGGCAGCUUGUUUUGCUUUUUAAAUCAGGAAUUAUGUUUUAAAGUUUACAUUUGUAGAGCAUUUUUAAACUGAUUGUGUCCCCAAGAUUUAAAGCUAGAAAUCCUCCAGCAGGAUAAAAUGUUGCCAAAAAGCAAAACUACUGCCCUCUAGUGUCUCGAUCAAGGAGGUACUUGUGUUUCCCAUGAAGCUGAAUGAAACGACCCCAUAUGGACUGAAAUGUUUGCUUUUUAUACUGCAUUAUUGUAACUGUACAAUAAAUAUAUUUAAGAAACAAUUUAAAAUAAAAUCGAACUUGUAAAAUCUCAACUUGUGUCUUCAAUACAUCUGAGACGGUGACAAAAUUCUCAAGAUAGUUUUGUGGUUUGAGCAUUUCACAUCUUUAUUUCUUUAUUUUUUUAAACAAUGUUGUGGCACCCAGGUCUACAGUCUCAAAAAACGUGCACAAAAGUUUUUUGUUUUUUUUAAACUUUCCUGCAAAUAAAAAAUAAAAUAAAUUCUGACUUGAGCAAAGCAAAGAGCAGGAAACUAGUGUUAACUCACAACCCUUUCUUUGUCUAGUUCCAGAGCAUCAAAGAUUUCAGUUCUCAGCCUCAUCACAUUUAAUAGACAGAUCAGUCAGUGUCCAGGAGUUAAUCCCCCUUUGGUAGUUAAAAAAAAAUAUUUCCUCCAUUUAAAACAAAUAUUCCAACUUUUUUUUUCUUUUCUUUUUUUUUUAGUAUAUAUCAGUCUUUACAAAAAAAGCGAGGACAACCCUCUACUUCCAAUCCCUUGAGCCGAGCCCAAACCCCAAAAACCUCCCAUCCCAGCAAAAUAUCGACACAUGAUCUCAGAACUGGGAGAAGGGGAAAACAGGAAUGACAUGUAGAGGGAAGGAAAAAGUGACAUGCGUAAUAAAACACAUCUUAAAUUAUCUGAAUAAAUUCAUCUGAGUGUUAGAACAUUUGUCAUCAUAACCAAAUAUAAUCCGGUGACAGUGCAUGUACAGCUACGUAUUCUCGUCAGUGACACAAGUGUAAUCCAUGUUACAAGCACUUUAAUUGAAAAGGUGACAAAGGGGGAGGAUGUUGUAUAUACUAAAA